AUGGAGACUUUUCCGGGAAAUAAUGGUGUUCUGUCAGGUGAAAACUUUUUCAUUAACCUUUUCACACCAACCGGAAUCACUAUCAAAAAGGGUGCAGGAUACGAAGAGUUUAGAUGUGCCACCCAAUACGAUAAUGGCAAGCGAUCACUUUUUGUCAGUAAUAUUGGAAUAUACUAUCUUGAUCGACCCGUCAAAGAAUUUGCCUCUAGAUACCCUAAAAAAGGCGAUCCGCCAAUAUCGCUACCAUUAAAAAAGGUUAUUGAUUUAGAAAAUAUCACUCAAGUCGAUGCGGUCAAAGAAUAUAAUAUGCUUUUUGUUUUAUCAAAAAGUACUCUGUACUCUGGACCUAUUCUUAUCAACUAUAAUAAAUUUUCCUUUUAUGUCGACGAUUAUGGACGACUAUUGAGCAAACAUGGCAACCGAGGUCUUGAUUUAAUUUUUUAUUGGAAAAGCUCUCCAAAUGCGUUUUCUAUAUCAUAUCCUUACGUGUUUGCCUUUGGAGAAAAUAUGUUGGAAUUUGGACACUUAGAAACAGGAGAAAUAGGAUCAAGUAUAAUAAGCAAUCCACGGUGGUUUAAGAGCAGUUCGGAGCAGAUGAUGUACGCAUUCAAAGAGUUUGAUAAAGUCAACAUUUUUGAUACUUUUGCUUUGGCAGACUUUUCUAAUGUUGUCGAAACAUUUUCCGACGCGCCACCCCGUACUCUAGCCAUCUUGCCAGACAAUAGUCAAUCCUCGCUUGUGACAUUACAUUAG